AUGCGUCGUCCAGGCUCGGCUCAAGGGUAAAAACCACGCCCACCGGAUGUACGUAGAGUUUCCCCGGGAAAUCUUGGUUUCCAACCACUGCGGCUGCGAGUGCAACGAAAGCUGCGCGAGCGUCGAUACACAAUGGAGAAAAUAACUGAGAAAGUUCUUCUUGAGAAAGGCUCUCCAAAAACCAACAAACUGGAACAAAUCAAGACACUGAACCUUUCUAAGCUCGGGCUGAAGCUUCAGGACUUGCCGGUCGGGCUGCUGUCCUGCCUGCGGUCCCUCGAGCGGUGGGAUCUGUCCGGGAACCUGCUGCAGGAGUUCCCCAAGAACCUGGAGCUGCCUGCGCUUCGCCACCUGGACCUCAGCGACAACCAGAUGGAGGAUGUGACGACUCUGGAGUCUCUGAGCGGCCUGGAGGAGCUGAAGAUGGAGGACAACCUUUAUAUCACUGUGAGUGAUAACUACAAGCUGAUGGUGUUGUUGCCCAACCUGAGGAUGUACAAUGGUAAAGACGUCAGCACCACCGCCAACCACCUUCGCUACGUCUACAGCGAGAACCUGAGGACCAGGAUUGUUGCAGUUUGGGAAAAGACCUUCAAACUCCCGGAUCCCAUCAAGGCAAAGGAACUGUCCGCCCUGGAGACGAGCUUCGUCAACACUGCCCGUCAGCAGGUGAAAUUUGGACCCAGUUCAGUCACCGACUUCACCAAAUGGAAGGUGGAGAUUUUGGCGAAGGAGUUCCUGCGCUCUCUGGUAGAACCAAAGGCUGAACCGGAGAGCAACGAGACUACUGACACAAAAGACGACUGUGAAAUCUCAACCCCGACCAAGAGAAAAAAAACAGCAGAGACGGACACCAGGGUAAACCUGACGCCUCGCAAAAGGUUGUGCACAGAUCUUCUCCGAGACACUCCGGUUGAAGGCAGUCCUCGCAAAUCCAGCCUCCGCCCCAAAUCCAAGACGUUAACCCAGGCGGGCCCCGUCGUCGAGAUAAGCCCCCGCAAGUCGGGUCGGCCUCCCUCCACCCCCACCAGGGGACAGACGAGGGCGGAGACGCCCAGGAGAGCUUCCAUAAGAGAGGAUGGCGCUUCGAUCAAACGGGAGGAAAAUCUCAACAGGGACACCGGCUCGCUGCCGACAGUAAAGGGCCUCGGCAAGACACAGCCGCUGCGUCUGAAGCCCCUCCACGUUCUCCAGUGCCACAGCAAACAGGACAGCUCGGAGGAUUUCUCCACGCAGCUGUGGGCCUGCGCUUUCCAGCCGCUGCCAGAUUCCACAGGUGCUUCUGGAGGAAGCCGCCUGGUCGCAACCUGUGGCGGGGACUCUCUCUGUGUGAUCGACUGUGAAACGGGGAUGGUGAUGAAGAAGUACAAAGUUCCCGGGGAGGAAUUCUUCUCCUUGGCCUGGUCCACAGUGCUUAUGUCCAGGGGAGGCGGGGCCUCGGCUCAACACUGCAGCAUCCUGGCGGCCGGCGGAAAGCGAGGACUCGUCAAACUGAUCCACCCCAGGAACAACGUGGCCUACGGGGAGUUCCGAGCCAGCCGCAAGUCGCUGUCCGUCCUCCGCUUCAACCACCGCCAGGGAAACUUCCUCUUCACGGGAUCAUAUGACAACAAGAUAGUGUUGUGGGACAUCGGUGGAGUCGACAGCCAGUACAACUUCAAAGUUGUUCAGUUACUGCUGUUGGAAACCAGUGCCACACCUCUGCACAUCUGCCUCCCGCCCACAUCCCCCGGCGGUCACCUACUCACCGCCUGUGACGACGGCCUGCACUGCUUCCACACGCAACUCGGUGCCAACAACGCCGCAAAGAGGUCGUCGGAGAUGGAGAUUACUUUCCCAAUUUAUAAGAAGGAAGACAAAGACCACGACUACCACACCGUUGACGGCCUGAGUUUCCUCAACGAUGACAUAGUGGCCUCCAAGAACUACUUGCAUGGUUCCAUCUACCUGUGGAGCUGGAGCAGGACCAAGGCCCAGCGGCCCGACAAGAAGAGCAGGACGGUGUGCGCCGUGGUCCUCGCUGAGCUGCAGUGGGCCAACACUGAGAUCCCCUACCUGGCUCUCAACACCUGUCCUGGCCAGGUCUAUGUAGUGUGUGGUGAUGACAAAGGUCGGCUGUGGACGUACCACAUCACCGACCUCCAGCGCAACAGUUUGCAGAGCGGGAAGCCCAUUCUGCCCACUGAGGUGUUGGAGUGGCCGACGCCGGAGAGGAAGGGCCUCGGCCAAGUGGAGGGCCCCUCCAUCAACAGUGUGGCCAUGGACCCCGAGCUGCACUACCUGGUGGCCCUCAGUGACAAGAACAUGGUGAUCGUGUGGAAGAGAGAGGAGUGCUCCUGAGCGGCACGGUCAUGUGACUUUGAACCCUGAAGGAAAGACGUACAGAUGCUUAGGGUUUCUGUACUCGGAAAAAAGAACAGAAGAGAGGGUACCAAAUGUUGGUAAUCGUGAGGUAGUACUUCAAAAAUACAGUACUGGAAAUGUGAUGGAAAAUUCCGAUCUUCUCUGGGAUCUUGUUCUUUGCUUUAUUUUCCUCAAUUUGUGAGGAAAUUGACUUUGAUGGUGUCAGAGCGGGAAACCACCAUAUAAGUUGAAAGUAUACACAAUGACAAUUUUCUUUAUUUCCUAUUUGGGAAAUAUCUCACGCGCAGAAUUUUCAAGCUUUUGAAUUGCAGAAUUUUAUUGUGAAAAAUUGCUGCUGUAGGCGACAGUAGAGAAGAGAUUUUCUGUUUGUCGCAAUGUGACACCAUUAUUUUUUUUUUUAUUGAAUUUUGAAAGCAUAUAAAAAGAUACUGUUCUAAUUGAAAAAUCCCAACCUGAAAAAUAUGGUGUUAGUUUUGAAAAAUACAUGUAAUCACGCAACAAAAGCGUAACAUUAUUUAAAUAUACAUGAUUUAUACAAAAUAACAGAACCUGAAAUAAUUUGCCUCGGUAUAUUUAGAACAGUUUAAUUUCAUGGUUCCAAUACAAUUGAGUGCCUCUGUUUUAAAUAAUACUCAGCUCAGCUGUACUAAACAAUUGUUUCUGACUCUUUUACUCUGUUAUUCCUUUAACUAUGAGUAAAAGACACAAUCCCAUUCACCUUUGUGUUCAAAGGACUGAGGGAUGGAUGACUUCUAGAAGAAAACUAAAUGUUUAAUCAGUGAAACUUAUUUACAUGAAGUCUGCGAUUUUAGUUUUUUCCCCUUCAAAUGUACAUGUUUAUUUUUAUGUGCAUGAACAGCUGUCUGCCGUUCAGAUGUCAGGCUUGGUCCUUUGCUGUGUAAAGUUACCAUAUAAUGUGCUGAUAACACUAAGGAAUUCAACACAGCAGUGUUGGUCUGCAAGGACCUAAGAGGUGAAGUGGUGCUGCAGCCUGGCAACUGAUUGCCGGGGAACAUAAAUGGGAGAACAGCGCGUUCCUUCCUGCCGUCUAAUCGCAUUGAUCGGAACAGAAUACGUGACAUUUUAUAUCUGUGUACCACCCUCUGUAUUGUAUACAUAGUUUGGUUGUACACAAACCAUAUUCAUUUAAAUUGGAAUAAAAAGAAAAAGAUUUGCUUUGAAAAGAAUGGACCCAAGAUGUCACCAGCUCAUUUUAUCUGAACUGCACCGUGUAUUUGAAUGAAAUCUGACUUUUUCAGUCCGGACGUUUGUCCUCGGCGCCUUGUUUGUCCUGGGAUUUGACGAAUAAAUGACAU